GCAGGCGCACUUGUUGAUCGCGUCCGCAUGGUUAACGAUCUUGUUUACCCAGAGUGUCGUGCCGUUAUUAACAUCUGCAAUUUUCUUAACACCCGUUCAAUUGGAUUUCGUCCAUCCGAAGACCACGCAACGAAAACCGGUACAUCUGAUACCAUGGAGCCUUCCAUUGUGCGCUUCUACCGGAGCCCUGCCUACACGGAAGCCAAAGCCGAAGAAAUCUUAAAGAGGCUUCAAGCCGUAGACGCGGGUAUCAAAUCUAUCGUCACCGAGUUAUGCUACCACGUGGAAACAUCUAGCGGAACUCUGACCGAAGGAGAUCUGGAGCAGUUGAAGUGGGUUCUUCAAAAUCCGUUUGAGCCGCAAAAGGUGACCAGGGAGAGUCAAUUGAAAGAAGCGACAGUAGAAGUCGGUCCGAGAUUGAACUUUUCCACGUCCAAAUCAACGAACGCCGUUUCGAUUUGCCACUCGUUGGGUCUGAAGAAUGUCGUAAGGUUGGAAGUGUCGCGUCGCUUCCAAAUCGAAUCUACCGGAAAAAUCAGUGCUGAUGUUUCUGCUGUGCUUUUUGAUCGCAUGACCGAAUGCCUCUACACACCGGAAAACAUCCCGAAGAGAAGCUUCAAUGAGAAAUUGGUGAAGUUCGAGAACAUCAGAGAUGUAGAUGUGCUGGGAAAAGGGCGAGAUGCUCUGAUCGACAUCGAUAAAGAGUUGGGAUUGGCUUUCGAUUCCGCUGAUCUGGACUAUUACACUGAUCUCUUCAAGAACGUGCUGAAACGUAACCCGACCAGCGUUGAGUGUUUUGAUUUGGCGCAAUCCAACAGCGAGCACAGCAGACAUUGGUUCUUCAAGGGCAAGAUGAUCGUGGACGGUAUUGAGUACGAGGAAUCUCUGAUCGAUAUGGUCAUUAGGACGCAGGAUCACACCAAUCAGAACAACGUCAUCAAGUUUAGCGACAACAGCAGCGCCAUGAAGGGAUUCGUUCACAGGAGUUUGAGACCGACGAAGCCAGGGAAAGUUUGCGACUUUAAAACUGCUGAGGUAAAAACAGAUCUAACAUUUACCGCUGAGACGCAUAACUUUCCAACGGGUGUGGCUCCCUUCAGUGGGGCAACUACCGGACCUGGAGGUCGUCUCCGUGAUGUCCAAUCGGUUGGACGAGGCGGGUACUGCAUCGCCGGAACGGCUGGAUAUUCUGUUGGAAACUUGAACAUUCCAGGUUAUUCUUUGGAUUGGGAAGACGGUAGUUUCAAGUAUCCUAGCAACUUUGCGUCGCCAUUGGAGAUCAUCGUGGAGGCUAGCAAUGGCGCUUCGGAUUACGGAAACAAAUUCGGAGAACCGAUGAUCGCUGGUUUCGUGAGAUCUUUCGGCAUGGUGGAUUCGGAUGGGGAGCGCAAGGAGUGGAUAAAACCAAUAAUGUUCAGCGGUGGAAUAGGAAUGAUGGAAGCAGACAUGACGAACAAAUUGAAACCCGAGGUGGGCAACCAAAUCGUGAAGAUCGGCGGUCCGGUGUACAGGAUCGGAGUCGGCGGUGGAGCCGCUUCUUCGGUGGAGGUGCAGGGCGACAAUAAGGUCGAAUUAGAUUUCAACGCUGUGCAGCGUGGAGACGCCGAAAUGGAGAACAAAUUGAAUCGCGUGGUCAAAGCCUGCUUGGAAUCUGGAAAAUCGAAUCCGAUUUUGAGCAUUCACGAUCAAGGCGCCGGGGGAAAUGGAAACGUUCUGAAGGAAUUGGUGGAGCCGGUUGGAGGUGUCAUCUACGCGAAUCGCUUCGAUUUGGGCGAUCCGACAAUUAACUCUUUGGAACUGUGGGGAGCCGAGUAUCAAGAGAGCAACGCUCUAUUAUGCUCGAAGGAUGAUAUGGGUACUUUGAAGGAAAUCUGCAAGAGGGAGAGGUGCCCUGUUAACUUUGUAGGAGAGGUUACCGAUACCGGAAGGGUCGUUCUCACGCUGGACGAUGAGCAGAAGAAUGUGCCGUUCAAUUUAAAUUUGGACCACGUUUUAGGUAAAAUGCCUAGAAAAGUGUAUAAAUUGGAUAGGAAAACGACGGUUUGCAAACCAUUGGUAUUGCCUGACGAUAUUUCCAUUUACAAGGCUUUGGAGAGGGUGCUUCGAUUGCCUUCUGUUGGCAGCAAAAGAUAUCUUACCAAUAAAGUUGAUAGAUGUGUUACUGGGUUGAUCGCUCAACAGCAAUGCGUCGGUCCACUUCAUACGCCUUUAGCGGACGUUGCUGUUACUGCAAUAUCUCAUUUCGGUUAUGAAGGAAUAGCUUCAUCUAUUGGUGAACAGCCAAUCAAAGGAUUGGUGAAUAAUAAGGCUGGAGCCAGGAUGACUGUAGCCGAAUCUCUUAGUAACUUGGUCUUUGCCGCUAUAAGCGAUUUGAAGGAUGUCAAAUGCAGCGGAAACUGGAUGUGGGCCGCAAAGUUGCCAGGCGAAGGAGCUGCUUUAUAUGACGCUUGCGUUGCGAUGACUUCUAUAAUGUCCGAACUGGGUAUCGGCGUCGAUGGCGGAAAAGAUUCUCUCUCGAUGGCUGCAAGAGUUGGGAAAGACACUGUUAAAGCACCCGGAACAUUGGUAGUUUCCACUUAUGCCCCUUGCCCGGAUGUCCGUAAAGUUGUCACACCUGACUUGAAGGCACCCAGCAUGGGUACUAAAGGCGUCUUGUUAUUUGUCGACCUUUCGAAUGGUCAUAACCGAUUGGGAGGAUCGGCUUUGGCGCAAUGCUACAAGCAACUGGGGGACGAUUCGCCCGAUGUCGAGAAAACCGAAGACCUUGUAAACGCUUUCAAAGUAACGCAGGAGUUGAUAAAAGAUGGAUCCGUGCUUUCCGGACACGACGUCAGCGACGGAGGUUUAAUCACAACACUCUUGGAGAUGUGUUUUGGUGGUAUUAGCGGUAUCAACGUUAACAUCAGUCACAAGCAAGGACGCGCCAUCGACAUCCUUUUCGCCGAAGAACUCGGUUGGAUAAUCGAAGUAUUACCGGACGAUCUCAGCCAUUGCUUAACAUUGUAUCAAAAACACAAUGUUUCUGUUUACGAAAUCGGAAUGAGCGUCGGAUACGGUAUUAAAUCAAAGGUGGCCAUCACUGUGAACAAUGCGUGCAUCGAGAGCACGGUUUUGCCUUUGAUGAAGAUGUGGGAGGAGACGAGUUACCAAUUGGAGAUGAGGCAAUGCAUAAAGGAGUGCGCCAAAUCUGAAUAUGAUGGUCUGGAGAAGAGGAGAGGCCCCGUCUAUUGCCUAUCCUUUGACCCAGAUUACUAUAAGGUUAUCGAGGAGAAGAAGGAAAUCAACGUGGCCGUGAUUAGGGAGGAAGGAACAAACGGUGACAGGGAAAUGGCUGCAGCUCUGCACAGGGCCGGCUUCAGAGUGUGGGACGUCACGAUGCAGGAUCUUCUGAGCGGCGCCGUCACCUUGGAUAAAUUCCGAGGUGUCAUUUUCCCAGGCGGAUUCAGCUAUGCCGAUGUGAUGGGAUCGGCGAAGGGCUGGGCGGCGAGCAUAAAGUUUAACGGGAAACUGCAGGAGGAGUUCGGGAAAUUCGUGGAGAGAGAGGACACGUUCUCUUUGGGUGUUUGUAAUGGUUGUCAGCUGAUGGCUUUGAUCGGUUGGGUUGGAACAGAUUCCGAUAUUAUGCUGGAGCAUAAUAAAUCCGAGCGUUUCGAAUGCAGAUGGUCGGCAGUCGAGAUUCCGAAAUCCAAGUCAAUCAUGCUACGCGAUAUGCAGGAUUCUGUGCUGGGUGUUUGGGUUGCUCACGGCGAAGGCAGGUUUGCCUUCAAGAAUGAUCAAGUGUAUAAGGGUUUAGUGAACGAUGGAUGCGUUGCUCUGAGGUACGUCGACGAUAAUGGUAGACCCACCGAAGAGUAUCCGAUGAAUCCGAAUGGAAGCGUCCAGGGUUUGGCCGGUGUUUGCUCGAAGGAUGGGCGUCACCUGGCGAUGAUGCCUCAUCCGGAGAGGUGCGAGCAGCUGUUCCAAUGGCCUUACAAGCCUCAAGAAUGGAAGAUUUACAGUAAGAGUCCGUGGGAGAAGAUGUUCAGGAAUGCGUACGAAUGGUGUUUAGGACAAUAAUCAUUAUUAUACGCAUAAUUGUUUUGUAGUAUUUUCUUUUUUUGUUGAAACAAAAAUGUU